AUGGGAGCACUUCAAGAGUUGGAGAACAUUUAUGAGGCAACAAAUGACGAUAAAAGGUCAAAAGCAUUAGAUGAUGCUUAUGAGAAAGCUAUGCAGCGAAUCCAAGGUCAGGUACAAGAACAUCAAGAGCUUGCUAAGCAGGUUUUAUCAUGGAUUUCCUGUGCUAAGAGACGUCUGACAUCUGUUGAGCUUCAACACGCCAUUGGUGUUGAGGAGAAUACAUCUGAGUUUGAUAGGGAUAAUAUUGCGGAUAUCAGACUCAUAGUCUCUGUAUGCGCUGGCCUAGUGAUUGUUGAUAAGGAGAGUGACAUCAUCCGUUUGGUCCACUACACCACACAAGAAUAUUUUGAGCGAACUUGGGAAUACUGUUUUCCCAAUGCCCACAUUAACAUGAUGAAGGCACGCGUCACCUACUUGUUAUUUGAAGUUUUCAAGGCAGGAUACUGUCCAACACAGGAUGCUUUGAGAGAAAGAUUACAGUCACAUGUUCUUUAUGGUUAUGCAUCACAAAAUUGGGGAUACCACGCGGGCAAAUUCCUCAUUGAAGGAGAAAGGUUGAUAUUGAAUCUUCUUGAGGACACUGCCAAAGUAUUUGCCUGUAGCCAGGCUAUGUUAUACCAAGGAUCCUGGUCUAUCUUUGUAACUGAAACAAAGAUGACAGGUCUGCAUCUUGCAGCAUAUUUCGAACUUUGGAAACCUGCAUCAAUUCUGCUUGAGAAAAAUGCCAGCACUGAAUCUGGGGAUAAAUAUGGCCGGACCCCGCUCUCCUGGGCAGCUGGAAAUGGGUAUGAGGCAGUGGUGAAGCUACUACUUGAGAAGAACGCCAAUAUUGAAUCCAAGGAUGAAUAUUGCCACACCCUGGUCUUAUAA